CUGACUAAUUGACUAAAGGGCAGCAGACAGCGGACACUGGCUCACAGCAACAGGUCUUCCUGAACUGAUGUCAGUGUUCAGGGUCUGUUGAGGCACCACAAGCAGGGUUCAUUCUGCUGUUAACGGCUGAAAUCACAAAUGUGAUGUCUUGUAACUUAGUUGGUUGACAGAGAAGCUGAGGUGGAUAUUCACUGGAUUAACCCUAGGACUUUGCUUCAUCUCACAGGUUGAUCCCUGAUCGGAAGGAGGAGAUCAGUCUGAACUUGCCACUGCUCCCCUCGUCCCAGUGAACUGAGACACACAGAGACGACCAGUGGGUUCAACCAGCCAGGAGCUAGCCCCCUCAUUCAAGCUCCAAAACAAACUCCACCGUCUGGUAUGACCAAUUACACUUAUUUCACAAAACCAUUUUAUCUCCAGCUCUAGUGUUAUGUUUAAGUAACAUAUCUGGCCCAAAUCAACUCAUUCAUCAUGGUUUGAAUACAGAAAAACAGUUAAUCCUGCAAGAAGAAUUAAUAUCCUAUUUUUAAGCUAUGGCUUUCUCAAAGUGAAGAGUCACAUUUAUUAAGAUUGUCUGGCAAAUAUUUAUGUUCAACAAUUCAUCAUGUCCUACAUCUUGAAUCCCUUCUUCGUCUUUAAAUUUGCUAGAAUAAACCACCCCGCCCCGUCAGGAGCUAAAAGCACAACUUUCUAAUAUCUCAGCAGUCCGUUUCGUAUGAGCACAGCCUGGCUCUGCAACAUCUUUCCCAUGCAUCAGUAUGUUCACCAGCAUGCCUACAAUCCCAUCAUGCACCAAUCCUUGACCUCCACACCUGCUGCAAUGGGAACUCAGGACAAUAACUUCAACAUGCACCUUCCCAGAGCAUGGACCAGGCGCUCUUUUGCUCCUGUCACGGCCUUUCACAAAGCAGCAGAGAAACCCUUCAGUUCAACAAAGCAAGGAAGAUGGGGCGCCCUACAUGUCAGGAUUGCAUGGAGGAUAUAUUACCAGAAGCAAGUCAAGAAAAUGCAGCAUCAACCCAACAGUUUCCAUCGAGAUCUGACACCUGAGUAUCCUGAAUCCAGUUUACCUGACAAGGAAUCAGAGCAGCCCUCUUGCUUUCAGCCACAUAUUGACUCUCCUUAUAAACAACCUGCAUUUGGAAACAGUAGUGACAGGAGUGAACCAGGAAAAACAGCAGGACAUUCAAACCACUCCAACAGCAGAUUUCCAGCUGAAUGUUCAACAUCCUCACCAGCGCCUCACAACAGCCACACAAACAAAAGGGAGAAACUGGGACAGCCCCUGGAACUUGAUGAAAAAGUGAAACACAGGGGGCAACAAGUUAAAACAGACAUUUCACCUCCUAGAGACACAUAUUUGAAUCAAACUGGGACUCCGGAACCCGAACACAGACACAGCGGCUCACUUGGCAGGAAGAGGCAGCUCGAGUGUGUCAGCUCCAUUAAACCAAAGAGGGUGAAGAAGGAAAUUGUAGACAGCCAGCCUGAUCCAUCUCCUUUCAGUACAACUCACACAUCUUUACACACCAUGCCAGAGGAACAUAUAAACGCAAAUGCUUUAUCUGGCAUGUAUCCAAACAGCAGUAAAUGUAAUGUCACCAGAACAUUUGGAGGACUCGUCGUUUAUCCAGGAUCUGAAAUGCAUCCCUACCAAACUGCUUCAUGGGAUCCGAUUGGGGACGUUCACAAGAGAAUGGAUCUGUACUCUAGACAAAAUCUCCUAAAAGACUAUUCUUUAAAUACCUGCCAAGCGAUCAGGGUUGAUCCUGUUGCAACGAGGCAGAAAGAGACUUUUGGUGACUGUUCACCACCUCUUUAUUUCCCUCUUGCUUUGAUGCAUCAGCAAUCUCUUUACCUUGGUUCACGCCACUUGAACAGUCAUCUCUAUCAUCCUGGCUGACUGGCAACAUCUUACCUGGGGCCCUGAGUCUCCAGGGUUUGUCUGACUGAGAGGAAAGUAGAAAUUCCCAUGAGAAAGAUUACCCAUUAGUCCCAGUCUGAUAGGUUCACUUGUCACAUUACUUCAAUAGAGCUCCACACUGUCCAGGAUGAAGACAAAACUGUGAAAUUGGACAUCUAUUGUUUAAUUUCUUAGCUAAAUAUAUUCUUUGCAUUAAAACAGCUUCAUUUGAGCAACAAAGAUUCAUAAUAAAAAAUUGUCUUUGUUUCUGAUAUCUUAAAUGCCUUUUGGCAACUGUACAGUCAUACUGACACUAAUGCUUCCCUUUGAUUGACAGAAUGUUAUUUUAAAGUUAUUCAAUUCUCAUGUAUUAGGAUGCCUGUGGUUGUUUUUUAAUUUACUUUUUUUUUUGGUCAGGUGAUCAAGGCUCAUGUUUGGAAGAACAAAUAAUUGUAAAUCUGCAAAACUAAAAAGAAAUGCAUCUGGUCGAGAGAUGAUUAAGAUUACGUUUUACCAGCAAAAAUAUACUCUCUGUGAGCCUGUGCAGUCAGCUUAAAUGUAAUGUUCAACAAUGAAGUAAUAAUAAUAAUAAUAAUAAUAAUAAUAAAUUCUAUCAUUGCAGCAGGUAUCAUUUACACCAUGAUCACCCUCUUAGUUUAAAAGUAAUUGGCACUCAACACUAAGUAAAGCUGAAGGGAAUGGCAUUAGGCAAUUGUUCAUAAACCAAAGUAUGGAGAAAAACAUUUUGGGGCCUUUUCAUUGCACAGCAAAGACAAAGAAAGAGAAGAAAGGGGGAGAGAGAGGGGACGACAUAUUGACCUGGAUGAAAAGUCAGGGUAGUUUAAGAAAGAAAUAACAACAAGAACAUCUUACUUUAGUAUCAAAAGUGUAUUUCAAAUUUGUAACAAUAAAAUACAACAAUACAUCAAAAAUAAUGUCUUCUAAAAUCUUCUGGGGGGUCAUGAAAAUACACCGUGGAAGAAGGUGUGUUAAAGAGAAAAUGAAAUAAUGAACUAGCUUCAUAGUGCUUCCAUUUAUUCUCAUUCAUGUCAACUUGGUCAGAAACAUUAACAGGCAUCCCUUAGACAAAAGCCAAGCCAGGGCAUUAUAGACAAUAAGAGCUGCUAAAAUGAACAUGUGCCUUCCAAAAAGGAUUGCGGGGAUCUCAAAGUAAAACCACUCGACAAACUCUUGAGACCAUGCGAAAGCUUUGGGUAUAAAAACAGUUCCGGUCCCCGGUGGCACCCACACAGCAAAAUAUAGUGCGUGGUGCAGUGGAACAUGCAGGAGUCACACCACGUCCAUGCCCAGGCCCCUCGCAACCUCCGUCAGGGCCUGCACUGCUCCCGAUGUCCCGCUGCCGUCAAAGUCCUCCUGCGAUAAUCCUCCUGGCUCCUCCUCAAUGUGAGGGAUGGUGCUCAUGACACAGUAGACCGGAGAGUCACUGCCUCUGGGGCUGGUCUGCAACGAGACGUCCUCAGCUCCAGAGAGCUCUGAGGAGUAGGAGGAGGAGGAGCUGGAGGAGGAUCCUACCGGAGAGCUCUGGCUGCUCUCUGGCGUGACGGCAGCCCUCUUGUUCCGGCUGCUCGUUCUCUGACUUUUUCGAAGGCUCUGCGGCUUUUUGCCCAUGUUCUUCAUGAUCUCCUUCGUCACUUCCACAGUCUCAAAUCGCACCAUGUUUACUUUUAGGAAGCCAUCUACAUCCUUUCUGUAACUGUGAAGACAGCAUAUGGAACAACCACGAAUAAAAUCUGGAUUAUUUCUAC